AUGACGAAAACAGUCUUUCUCUUCCUCUUCUGUUGCUUGAUGAAAUCUUCCGUAUCAAAGAACACAAUUCAGGAUCAUCUUAAUAGAGGCUCGUUUCUCUCUGUCGAUGAUGAUGCACACCUCAUAACUUCCCGUGACAACACUUUUACCUGCGGCUUCUAUGGUUUUCAAACCAAUGCUUACUGGUUUGCAAUCUGGUUUACAAAUUCCAAAGAUCGCACUGUGGUUUGGACAGCGAACAGCAACAAACCUGUCAAUGGCCAUGGCUCAAAGUUGACACUUCAUACAAACGGUGCCAUGGUUUUGACUGAUAUAGAUGGCACCAUUGUGUGGGGGACCAACACAACGUCCACAGAUGUAGAUCGAGCAGUGCUGCUGAAUACUGGUAAUCUGAUAUUGAUGAACACGAAAGGUCAGAUUCUUUGGCAAAGCUUUGAUUACCCAACUGAUACUCUUUUACCUUCUCAAACAUUAACGAAGAGCAAAAGCUUGAAAUCUACUUUAAGAAAAGAAAUAUCAAGUGUGUACUGGCCUAGUCCUGAUCCAGGAUUUAAUAUUUGGGAUUACCGAAGAACCUCCUAUAAUAGUAGCAGAAUCGCAGUCUUUAAUGAUUUGGGUGUAUUUAAGUCAAGCGAUCUGUUGCGGUUUAAUGCUUCAGAUAUGGGUUUUGGGAUCAGAAGGAGGUUAACCAUGGACUACGAUGGUAAUCUCAGAUUCUAUAGCUUGAAUGAAUCAACAGGAUUGUGGUCGAUCUCAUGGCAAGCUGUUGCACAACCAUGUAAUAUCCAUGGAAUCUGUGGGAGGAACGGGAUUUGUGUUUAUGGAGGAAAACCCGAAUGCUCAUGCCCUCCUCAUUAUGAGUGGAGUGACCCAACUGAUUUUAGUCAAGGUUGUAAGCCUACUUUCAACAGAACAUGUGUAAACUCCACAAGGUUUGGAUUUUUGCCAAUGCGGUAUACUGAUUACUUUGGCUUUGAUCUAAAAUUCUCAUCAUCCAUUUCGUUUGAAUCUUGUAGAAACAUGUGCUUAGCAGAUUGUCGUUGUCAAGCAUUUGUUUAUAAACUACCAGGUAUAGGUGAUUGCUAUGUUAAAAGUGCUCUCUUCAACGGUUAUCGGUAUCCUAAAUUCGCAGGAACCAUCUACUUAAAAAUACCACUAGGCAUGCAAACGCCAGAAUCUGCCUCAAUCCCUACUGGUUCAAAGGCCACAUGUGCAGAUGUCCCCGUUACGAUUGGUUUUCCAUCUAUGUAUGAAUUAUCUGGAGGAAAGGUGAAAUGGGUUUAUCUUUACUCGUUUGCUAUAGCUUUUGGUUUAGUUGAAGCUUUGGUUAUCGUAAUGGGCUGGUGGAUAUUCUAUGGAAACAACGAAUUACUAAAGAACCUAGAAGAAGGGUAUCGUAUGGUAUCUAGUCAAUUUAGAGGGUUUAGUUAUAAAGAGCUGUUGAAGGCGACACAGAACUUUAAGGAGGAGAUAGGCCGAGGAGGAUCAGGAGUUGUGUAUAAAGGGAUUCUGGAAGACGAAAGGGUGGUGGCUGUGAAAAGAUUGGGAGAUGUGAGUGACGGGGAAUUGACGAAGGGAAUUCGGCUUUCUAAUUUAAUUGUUCAUGGAGGAGAAGAGGAAGAAUCAGAGCUCAUGAGGUUUGCAAGGGGAACAAAAACAAAGAUUCGAGAAGAAAAAGGAUUAUGGAUCGAAGAGAUCGUUGAUCCGAGGUUGGGAGGGUUAUUUAGUAGGAAGCAGGCCGCAAUAUUGGUUGAGGUCGGGCUUAGUUGUGUUGAGGAAGAUAGACAUAAAAGGCCUACAAUGGAUUCAGUAGUCCAAGUUCUAAUUGAUUGUGAGCCAGAGUAG